GAAGAAGACGACGAAGACAACCCGGAAGCAUACGCAAAAGUUAAGCGAGAAGCGGAGCCACAUCAAGAUGGAGCCCACCACGGAGAUUUUUGUUUGCGGGCCGUUCGGUUCGCGCUUUUCCGCUUGUGUUUUUCCGCAAGGUUCGUCGGUGCGAGAUGUUGUGGAGCGGUUCGUCCAACAAUGGGCGCCGGUGUCGUCGCUGGACUUUUACGUCAGCAGAGACGGCGGCGUGACCCGCCCGGACGAGCACCUGCGGGCCGGCGCCGUCUAUCGGCUGGCGCCGCGCCUCCCGGGGGGCAAGGGGGGCUUCGGCUCCAUGCUGCGAGCGCUCGGCGCGCAGAUCGAGAAGACGACCAAUCGCGAGGCCUGCCGGGACCUGAGCGGACGUCGCCUGCGAGACGUCAACCACGAGAAAGAGAUGGGCGAGUGGCUGAAGCGGCAAGCGGAUCGCGAGGCCGACAAGGAGCGGCGGCGCGCCGAGCGUCUGGAGAGGAAAAUGGCCGAGCCCAAGCAUCAGUUCAGCGACCCCGCCUACCAGCGCCAGUGUCACAGCCUGGCUGAGCGGCUGGAGGACUCCGUGCUCAAAGGUCUGCAGGCGGCGUCGGGUUCGCAGGCGGCGGCGGCCUCCAAGCGGCCCGGUCCCGCUCGCCGCCAGCCGCCGCUCAAGAAGAAGAAGACGACGGCGGGGGCGUGUUCCUGGACCGGCUUGGAGGAUAUGAGCUCGGAGGAUGAGGACGACGAAGACGAGCCCUCGCGGGGGGAGACGGCGUCCUCGGGGGAGGAGAGGGGCGUGGCGGCCCCCUGCUCACCCGCCCCACUGCGCGCAGAAGCGGGCGAGGAAGCGGGCGAGAAAGUGGGCGAGAAAGCGGGCGAGGCGGCGUCGGCCUCCGUCUGAAUGGCGCACGGCAACCCGCGCUGUGAAAGCUGAGCCGGCGAGAUUGCGGCUUUUCGCACUCUUUUUGGACUGCUGUCUUUUUUUCUUUUUUUUUUUUCUUCAAAUGGGCGUGGGGGGGGGCGUGUGGGCGGCCCUCAGAAUCCGGGGUCCCAGGCGCUGACCUGCGGCGCCUCCACCUCCCGGAAGCACUGGACCAGGUCGCCAGGCAGGAAGGUCACGUCGCCGUCGGCCGACAGGCCGCACUCGCUGCCCGCCCCUGCGGUGCUCACGUCCUCCUUGUGGUGCUUCAGCGCCAGCAGGCCUCCUGAAAGCAAGCAAGCGAGGGGGGGGGGCAGGGCAAAGACUCGCUCAACAAGGCUCCCCCGCCAUCGACACAAACGCAGCCAAUAAAAAAAGCUCGCCGGCUCA